AUGUUUUGUUCUCAAGACAUUUACCAGUCUUUCUUACACACCAUAUCGGCUCAUUUGGACUUUGAAAGCAAAACGACGGUAAUUACCGGCAAUACCAUACGCUUGGAGCACCAGCUUGUGACCAAACUCAUCGACUGCUUCGAAGCGAGUGGUCUAGGGUCAAGGCAAGACGCAUCUUUGAUCAUUAUUCCGACGCUACAGAACCAUUCACUCUUACCACGUACUACGGAGGCCAUCCCGGCCGCUUACAAGGUGGCCGAAAACUUCAGGAAAAGCGAUGACUUCAAGGAAGCUGAAGGAGUUCUUCGAUGGGUAUGGGGAAUCAUGACCGAGUUAGGUGAGCCUCGAGAUUUGGUGUUGCUCGAGCUGGGUGAGCUUUAUCGUCGUGCUUUAUUUUCGGAUCGAUGGCAAGGAUUUGGGAUAACGGGAAUAAAUUGGAUGGAUUUGCAACAAAAAACCUCG